AUGAGGGCCUCGUUACUGUUGCUGGGGGGCAUCGUGGUAUUCUCACUCGCGGUCGCGAGGGCUCUCUCCUGCGUAUGCUCGCCCUUCGAGUGUGACAUUCUCACCGACGACGAUUGUCCCGGAGGCCUCACCUGGGACCCCUGCAGAUGCUGCAAGGUGUGCGCUCGCGUCGAGGGAGAACCGUGCGGUGGCCUGUUCGGUUUUUCCGGAAGUUGCGCCGACGGCUUACAAUGCGUCAUCAAAAAUUUGCUACCCAAUACUCGGGAGGUGGACGAAGGAGUCUGCACGAGUGAGUGGAAUCUUGACUUUUAUUCUCAAAUUUAUUAA